AUGUCGUCGAGUUCGUUUGAACAUCGAGCCGCGGCCGAAACAUCGCGCGCGCGUCGUCGCUCAUCGUUCGGUGCGCUCAAAAACCUUCGUGCGACGCGCAUCGCGGUGCUCUUCGUUAUCGCGUGCGCGCUCGGGUCCAAGAGCGCGCUCGCGGCGACUGUGGCGCCACCCACGGUGCGGUUCACGAGCGGCGCCGCGACGCGCCGCGCGUACAAGGAGGGCGACGGAUGGAUGACGAUCUCUUCCACGACGAGCGUCACGGAGGGGUAUCCGGCGAGCUCAAUCGUGCGUGCGGACGCGAAGAUCGUGAACGUGCAAGACGCUGGGGAGGAAGAACUGCAGGUGGAGGUGAAGCUGGAGGAUGAAGACCGAACAGCGUGGACGUACGACGUGACGACAGCGACGCUCACGGUGACGAGUAUUAAUUAUCCAACGGACGAGACAACGUCGAAGAGUACUGCGUCGAUAGAGAACGCGCUGCAGAAGCUGAAAUUUAGGCACAUAGGGACGAACAUUGGGCUCGCUCCGCGCGGGUUGACCCUGACGUUGACGGAUGAAGCUGGCAGGACGAGCGCGCCGGCGCUGGCGACGAUUAGCAUUUCGAGGGAUAACGUACCGCCCGUUCUCGAUCUCAACGGCCCAAGGGACGGGACUACAUACGAGGUGACAAUGUCAGCGAACGAGCGUAUGAUUGGCGUGCGACUGUCCGAUAUUAACUAUGAGUGCACAGACUCGGACGACGUCGUCCUACAGGGAUGCACGGUGGUGAUAGACUCUAUUCUCGACGGUGAUGGCGAGUACAUCUCCGCGGACACGAGCGGGACUAGUAUAAGCCAGUCUUGGAAUUCAACGACGAGGGCGUUCGAACUCACUAACUACGACAGCAUGAACAAUUACUGCAACGUCUUGGGUACGAUUCGUUAUUACAACAACGGGACGGAACAAAGCGUGAACACAUCGCAGACGUAUAGCGAUGGAAAAUCGGUGCCGUCUUCGAUGAAAUUAAAAUUCACAGCUGGCGUUCGUUCAUUCAAUUUCGAACUCUUCGAUUCUUCAGGCAAUUCUGCUAGUGCGAUCGCAAAGGUGGACGUGAAGGAAUUCGAUCGCACCGGAGAUGCGCUGUAUGAUGAUCUGAUCGAAGAUCCCAUCUUCUGUAACAAUCAAGGGAACCGUACAUCGGAUUCCGCAGUGUGCAUCUGUGUCCAUGGAUACACUGGCGACUCGUGUGAAAUACACGAAUGUUCUAAUCAUGGCUCUCGCCCGAUAUCCGACCAAUCAUGCGAGUGCGAUUCGGGUUUCUCUGGUGAUGACUGCUCCGUCGAGUGUCAGGGUCACGGUAAUUACAACGCUACAAGUGGAAAAUGUGUGUGCGACGUUGGUUACGCGGGUAGAGAUUGUAGCGUCACGUGUAGCUUUUGCGCGGCUGAAACUGGCGAGUGUACACUUACUGCUGCAUCCGAGGCUUCAUGGGACAACGGAACGAGAGUAUACAAGGAGACUGAGACGCAGUGUGAAUGCCUCAGUGGUUGGUCAGGUGAAUCAUGCACAGAUGCGUGUCCGUGCAGAACGAGCCCGUUCGAUACGGAGCAACAUGGCAAUUGUUCAACGGAUGCAUCCGGCGAGGGCUACUGCGCUUGUCACCCUGGUUACACUGGUGCCGACUGCACGUUGCCAUGCACCAGAGACUGCGGGAACGCGCUCUACGGAGAGUGCUACGCCCCAGAGGAGUAUGAAGCAGGUAUCUACGAACAGCUCGUGGCGAUAAAAGGCGAUCAGACAAUUACCAACAAAACCGAAGCGGUGCAAAAUUUGACGCAGGGAAUUUCAACACUUUGCCGUUGCAUCCCUGGGGAGGACGGCAAACUCAAGUUUACGGGUGACUUUUGCAACGUCACGUGCGAUGAGUGUGUCUUCGGUACGUGUAGCGCAAGCGCGACGUGUGAUUGUUUUCCAGGUUACGUAGGCUCAGACUGCACACAGCCCUGCAGUGGGAAUUCCGCGUCUGGUGAUGUAUCGUAUCUCCCAGUGUAUCAGCUAUCCGCGGUCACGGAUCGGUUUCCAAACUCAAGCACCACUGGAUUAUUCAACACGACGGAGUUGUACGGCUACAAAAGCGCAGAUGGACUCGAAAUCGCAUACUGUGAAUGCAAGGCGGAAUUUACGGGUGACUUUUGCAACGUCACGUGCGAUCGGUGUUCUUCGUUCGGUACGUGCUUGUUCAACGGUACUCACGGUCUGUGUGACUGCGAUAGUGGCCAAACAGGAUCGGAUUGCAGCAUACUAUGCCAGACAUGCCAGAAUGGAAAGUGUGGAUCCUCGGGUGAGUGUGUGUGCGAUCCGGGAUACGGCGGAAGCGAUUGCAGUGUUGAAUGCGGCAAUCCGACUAGUCGCGGUACGAUCAAUCCGAACGGCGCCGUUCUUGGAUAUGGGUUACUUGGAUCGACCGUGACGUGCGACUGCAAUCCAGGUUACACCGGUCCAAUGUGUCUUGAUCCUUGUCCGUACACAUAUGAUACCAACAAUGGCGCGUGUGUCAUCAAGGACACCAGCGACGUACUCAGAGAACCGAGUUCGGGAUACACAGAAAUCGUGUGUAAAGAAGGUUGGAGCGGCAUGGAAAGUCUGCGCCGAGGGCGUGAUUGCAAAACACAAUGUGAUGCGUGCGUUCACGGGAUGUGUCAGGAUGACGGAGAGUGUCUUUGUGACUACGGUUACAUUUGGCAACCAGCGACGCGCAAUAGCGCAGAAGGUGGUCAGAGGAUCGCUGUGACGCCGUAUCCAUGGUGGACAGGGGGCUCGAACCCGACGCUUGAGGCGGAGAACGUUGGUGGAAACGCAUCGCAGUUCUACAAUGCCACGUACCAUUCAUGCUCUGUGCGGCAUCCGUGCUCGAUGAACGGGGAAUAUUUGAAUGCAACGUGUGCCUCUGGAUAUUCCAUGGUUGCCGGUACUGGGCAAGUGUGGCAAAUAGCUGACAUUGUUGGAAAUGGAGGAUGGGGCUGCUCGGGCACGAUUCAAGCCGACGGAUCAUGCGAGGGCGGUGAGUUCUUGCUCGCCAUGCCGUACGUCACAAAACGCAUCGAUGGUACUAUAGUGCGAGACAGUGACGCCAUGGAGUCAUUCUCCAACUGGGGCAUCAUCGCUGGUGCCGUAUGCGUCCCUGGCAAUAACACGGAUCCCGAUGGGAUGCCGAUCGCUGGAGGAUACUGUUUGUGCGAUGCGUUGAGCGUAGGCCGAACCAAGUUUCCAAGUUCGCAGUCCAUUGACGCGUACGACGACUACUGGCAGGGAUGGGCGGGAACAACGUGUGAUAUACCUUGUGCCCCGUGUUCUGAAAAUGGUGUGUGCAACUCAACGACAGGCGCAUGCGACUGCAAAGAUGGUUGGACGGGAUAUCGCUGCCUGACACCUUGUCAGGACUGCAUCCAUGGAACGUGUCAGUACGACGGUAGCUGUUUGUGCGACGGAGUUAGGCGGUUACGGGAUGGAUCUUUUGCUCUUCGUCUUGAUAGAGAUCCACUUUUCGCAACAAGUGGUAUUGAUGAAGAAACGAGUGAGUACAUCCACCCGUACUACAUGACUGCAACGCAGGUGGAAGACUACAUUUGGGGAAUGGAGUUCAAGUGCGUUAAUUCAUCCGAUAGUUCUCGUUGUUCUCAACGUACCAAGGAUUCCAAGUUACCGUUCAGACCAAAUGAAACCUUUUUCCGGUAUGCGGCAUCAAUCCCGUCCGAUUCGACGACAGAAAGUCCAGAGGCGCUUCAAAAAAAGCUUGAACAAUAUCAGAGAGACAUUGUGACGAUCCCCGAGUCCAUGCGCUACGACGAAAUUUGCACAAAACUGGACUACAAGCUUGAGUCCACGACUGGUGAGUGCAUGGCCGCACUCGUGUCAACGGCAAGCUGUGGCUCAGACUGGGACACAGCUAACCCGUGGGACUGCGAUGAUCCUCUGAAGGCUCAUUUUUUUCAGACCCGCAAAGAGAUGAUUGGGGCCACACGGAUGGAUUUAAAAGUUUCUACUGAAGCAUCCGACAAUGAACGUUGGUACACUAAUAGUGUGAACGAGCGCCAACGGUUGCUGAACGUCUUUCUCCCCGGACGUUACGAUCCGAUUACUGGCACGUACGAAACUACGCGCUCAUCAGCAGACAGAAAGAUGCUUUGGAUUGUGAAUCAGCUCAUCCACGGUGUGGUAUCGGGGCCCACAGGCACGGCUUACACUGGAGAGACUUGCUCGAUACCAUGUGACGCGUGCGAUAUAGAGCAUGGAACUUGUCAGCUAGAUGGAAAAUGCGAAUGUGAGACUGGCUGGUACGGAGAUGAUUGCAGCAAGCGGUGCAACUGCUACAAAGAGUACAAUGCCGAUGGAUCAGAAGCUGAGAUAAAGUACACAGCGCACGGCGUCGCGGUCAGGUCUUGGGGUGCCUGUCAGCGAGAUGCGAUCUGUAAGUGUGGAGUCGAUGAUGGCGGCGUGCAGUACACUGGCGAUGAUUGCUUCACACCUUGCCAACCUUGUCACAAUGGCGCGUGUCAGGCCGACAGCUCGUGUUUGUGCAAUAAGGGAUGGCUCGGUUCAGCAUGCGAUAUUCGCAACUUCACGGAGUGUCUGCCGUGCAACUAUGAUCACGGCACUUGCCUAACAGAUGGGACAUGUAAGUGCGACAAGGGCUGGACCGGGCUGACUUGCGACCUAAAAUGUGACUCGUGCGUGAACGGAAAUUGCCAGCUUGAUGGUACGUGUCUUUGCGAUGUAGGUUGGUCGUUUGUUGAUUGUUCUCGUCCUGCACCACGCGAGUUUAUCGCAAUGUCGGAUUUUACGGAUGGACCAGAGGGUUGGACCGUGUAUAAUAACUCAUGUCCAGGGGUACUUAUUGAGAAUUCGAUUAUGACUGAAUUCGACCCAAAUGCUAUCAACUCUGAGUCCCUCAUGCGUGGCGCGUGUAACGGCGCAUUCAGUGGAGGAGAUAGCGGUCUACUAUGGCAAGGCGUAAGUGGCUACAUGCACCUUACGGAUAAGUUGACGGGCGAUAGCGCUAGUGAAUUGGCGUACCUACGUGCACCAGAAAAGUUUACUGGCGAUCUUCUCAGUCAGGGUGCAUACAACGCUUCGAUUACGUAUUCGUUGUUCACAGUGGCGGAUUCUUCGGGAGGUUUCUCCAGUGCUGGAAACAAACAGUCGGCUAUUCAUCAAACAUCAGCGUACGACAUCAUUUUGAUGGGUGGUCUCCCGCGGUACAAUCGCGAGAUUCCAGUGUGGGGGAGCACGAUUCAAAUCUACAACUGGACCCGCACAAAUUUCCCAGAGCUGCGAAUAAACGAAAAUCUGAUUCGUUCUCAAAUGAUUGCCAUUGUGGAGCAAUACCUCAACACGCCACAGGUGUUCCUUGGUUACAAAGUCACGACGACAGACGGAUAUCCGCCUUCAUCGUGCUCGGCGUUGAAAUGUAACUUGAAUUUUGCGGUCGACCUCAUAGAGACCGGUGGAUGGGCAAAUAUUGAGCCCAUACUUUCGGGUUUCAAGUGGUCGAACGACGUACCAGUGAGUUACACGGAUGGGACCGUCUUCACGAAUCGUAGCGAAGGUAGCCCAUACGAUCCGUUCGCGGGGAUGACAGCCGAUACGCUAAACCAGUCGAGUAUAAAUACGGAUGCGAGUGAGAGAAAUGAUGGCGGCACCGUCCUUCAGGAAUCGAACAGUCGAGAAAUCAUGCUGGAUGAAAACGGGCGCGCAGUAUUGCGUGAGCUGUAUCCCGAGGUGAUCGAAACGAUCUGGGCGACGCGUAAAUCCAGGACUGGAAACAAUGUGACUUUCACCGAAUUUGCGUGGUGCUUGGCGUCGCUGAAAGAAAUUUUGGUUCGAGCCGACUAUUACGUACAGGAAAUUGUUGAUGCGUCUAUGACAGUUAUUGGUGAAUCCAUGCGCUUUGACGAAUUCAGUGUUGGUAAAUACGUGCAAGUCGAUACCGAAGCAGAGCAACAGAUCGAAUUGUUCAACUACUACAGAAGAUAUAAGGACGAAUACUUAGUUAAGUAUCUGGAAGAGCUUUACGAAGAUAUGCGUCCGUCUGUUUGUAAAGGCAAGUGGUACCUCGAGGGAGACCCAGAUCCACAACUUGGUGACGCGUGCAAACAAGAUCCAAUGAAACUUCGAGAGAAGUGUGAAGCUGAUAACCUUUUUGACACAGAAAGUAACGAACUUGGUGAUUACUGCGUCAUCAAGUGUCCUGGAUACGACGCAGCCCUUCAAACGACGUGUUCUGGGUUUGGCACGUGUGGAUUAAACGCGCUGAAUGAACCUUCAUGCACGUGCAAUGACGGCUAUUUUGCGAAUGCGACAGGAUGCUUCAUUAGCACACCUUAG